AUGCGGGACCAGCCCGCGUCGUCUUUGGUUUCUGCUACACAGGCGCAGCUGGCUCAACGAUUGGCUACUUUGGACGGUAUUUCUGUUGACAACUUGAAGCUCCAGAUUGUCAGGCUUGAGCAUGUGAAUGAGGAGAAGAACGCUAGUCUUAUCAAAGCAAAUAAGUUGAACAAGCAGCUCAGGGACAAGAACGAGACGCUGGCGGUGGACCACUUCGACCAAUCGAUCACGCAGAGCUUCCAGUCUAUUGCCAUCAAGAUGGAUGCCACGUCGCAGGAGAUUGUAGACAGGGAGAAGCUGCACGUGGCGCUGGUGCGAUCUAUAUCUUUCGGCUUGGGUGAUGUGCGCUCGUCUUAUCACAGCGACAGCGGUCGUUUUGUCCUCGGCAAUUUGGAGUCCAGAACGGCUAGGCAGAAAAUCUGCAGCGAUUUGAUGGAGGUUGCCAGGGGGACUUCAGCAGAGCUGUACGUGUUGGUUGAGAAAGAGUUGGAGCGCAUCGGGUGCAGUACUUGGACAUCUCCAUCUGGUCGCGGUGGUGGCGACGCUGGCGCUCAGAUAUCGUUAUUCUCUUGGUCGGUGGAUGCUGGUUCUGAGAACGGAAGUUGCUUGGAGAGGGCUGCGCGGGAUUUGGUUGAUACGCCCAACGCGAUGCUGACUGCUGUUUAUUGCAUGAUGCACCAGGGCCAUUUGAUCGCCAAGCAUUUGGUCGAAGUCCUUGAGAAGUGGGAUUGUUUUGAAGAUGGCUGCGGUGUAACUGAAGAGGCGACUGGCUUGACAUGCUUUAGGGUUAAGUAUUUUUCUAGUUUAUCUGCAUUCUCAAACUACUGGAGGGGAGUUGGCCGCCACAAGCUGAUCGAGAAGGCUGUUCAGGCCGAGUACGAGCGCGAUGGCGGGCACAGGGGGAUUCAGAUGAGGUUCUUCAAUACGAUCCCUGGCAGGUGUUUGCGUGGGAGAUGGUUGUCUUUGGAGUCAGUCGAGGAAAUGCUGGUCCGUGCUGCAGCUUACUUGCCGAGAGUUUUCAAGGCCUUGGGCAUUCUCACAUCCAACAGCAAGACAGCGAAGGCAUCUGGUCCAGGCGCGGAAGAGGCAAACGAUUGGGCUGAGAAGCAACGGUCGUGGCGGCUGCACGUUGUGAACCUUGGCCAGAAUCCUCUGCGGUUGGCAACAAUGCGCAUCAGUUUGAUCACGAAGGGCCCGAUCGCGCACUUCUUGAGGUGGAUCGAGAAGGCGAACCGCGACUACAAUGACAAUGUGCGCGAGCGCAGUGGCUACUUAGGGCCUACUCCGCCGUCUCAGUUAGUUUCCGAGGGCGGCGCCGACAUCAGGGCCAGCAUGAGCUUACUGCCUCGCUCGCCGCAUUUGUUCGACGAGGUGUUCAUCGGGCUUCCUGACCGCAUCCGCGCGCGAUGCAGGCUUCUAGUGGUGGCAAUGGUGCUUGCAAGUCUUGCUUCUUGGGAUUUCAGAGUCGGCUGUGAACUUCAAUCGUUCCCUCUUCUGUUGCUUCGAAUGCUGGAGUCGGGCCCAGAUGUCAGGGAUGACACGCGCGCGGCCGUGGCCGCCGCGUUUUUGGGCAAGUCUGCAGAAGAGCCCAAGGCGAUCGAGGCGAGCGACGUGCAGUGGAAGAACAGGGUGCUCUUCAGGGCGGAGCUCGAUAGUGUGGCAGAGUAUGAUACUUGCCUCGACAACCUCUACGGCUUUCUGUUGGCUUGGAGGUCUGGCCUUGACACAGACACCCAAGAGGCCGAGGGCAUCAACGGCGUGCUUCAAGCCAUGGGCCGCGCAGCCAAUCACCUCGAGCGGGCGUUGUGCUCAGACUGGCUUCGCGUGAAGAAAUCGGACCGCAUCAGCCCCGACGAGUGCGUGAUUUGGCACAAAGCCGCGAUGAAGCACAUGAACAUGCCAGAGCACUUGAAUCGGUUUGCAGUCGUCAAUCGGGAUGUGACGCCCGGGCAUACAUUCGAGACGUACUAUGAGGACGUGCACUUGGCUGCUCGGGCGGCUCAGUUCCAGCUCGGCAUGGCCAGGCGGAUCGACGUGGAUGUUGGUGUCGUGUGGUUUUUUGUGCGGGUGACGGCUGCCAACGCUUGUGCUGGAUAUUUCGUGUGCUGGUCGUACUAUCGGAACCAGUUUGCGGCGGUCGCUUCGAUCGAGACUAUAGCGCCGAUUGGCGGGCUCGGGGGCGACGACGGUUCGGACGACGACGACGACAUGUCCUUCGCCGAGUUCCUGGAGAUGCUGAUUGAGGAGGACCGCGGCCAUGCCGAUGAUGACGCUGUGGCAGUCGAUGCUGAUCGUGCCGAUCGUGCUGCCGACGAUGCGCAUCCUGCAGACCGCGACGAGGAUGAGCUUGAGCGCCGCGACGACGUUGGUGGCGACGAUGGCAACUUGCGGGCACUUGAAUUCGUUCAUGACGCAGCCGUCUUCAUUGAGGCCAUGCGGAGCACGAACUACGACGAGCUCAGUGCGUCGGUCGCCCGCUGUUUGCCAGGUGACGCGAUCUCGAUCAACGGCAUCAGCCUGAUCGAGUAUGACAGCGUGGUGAUGUUAGUGCGCUGGACUUCUGCCGCGGGAUCGUGGCCAGAUGCUCAGUGGCGCCUUGUCAUGCAGCUGUCAGAGAAUGUCAAAGCUCACAACGGGCCGUUUGACGUGGAUGCGAUGCCGCUGUUCAGGAACACCUGCGCUGUGUGCGACGUCGCCCGUGGUCACUUCGAGGGCAGCUACCCAGCUCCACCAGCGCUUGGCGAGAUGUUUCUUGGCAUCACGCCGCUGGUGCCCAGGGACUCCCCCAGCAGCUCGCUGGACAGCGAGUACGAGCACAUUUCGGAGCGGCUGGGCCCCAAGUUGGACGUCGAGUACUUUGAGUGGGCGAACGAACACUUCCUCAUCAGCGACGACUACCACCUGUCCUUGCUGAGGUCGGCAGGGGCUUUCGCAGUGGAGCGACACUCGGAGGACAAAGAGGGCAGGGGCUCCAAGGCCAGCGUGACGGAGUUGGCGAAGUCGGUGUGGGCCAAGGGAAUUCGACAGGAGAUGGGGGGUCCGCCCUGGCUGGUGCAGUCGGCGUCUGUAGGCGACGACGAGACGUUCACGGCCCUGCACUGGGGGGCGUUGUUGACGGCGACUAAGGAUUGCAUGCUGAGGGACGUGGACAAGACCAACGCCAGGGUUCAGGAUUCGCUCAAGAAGAAGAUCAAGGGCUGCAGGCUGUAUUCUCGCCGCAUCAGCAAGGGCGCGGCCAGGUCUCUCGCGUGCUACGGCAACGGCCUCAAUGAAGCGGCGACGCCGACGACGAGCAUCCAGGUCUACGGUUACACAUCCGACGUCCAGACGAGCUUCGGUUCGAGGAAAGCAGCCAUGAAGUGGACGAAUGCAAGCAUAGGGGCCGCUGCGAUGAAAGAAGAAAAGUUGAAGGUCGCCCACCAGGUCUACCCGCUCUACUGGAAGGACGCGACUGCGCUCGAGAGGUGCCCGGUCAUGUACAAGGACAGCCAGAAGAUCAUGAUUGACGUCGGCGAGAGGUUCAGGUACGAGGUUGCUGCAAACAAGAUGCCGUCCACCUCGUUCGACCGCGUCUUUCACUGCGCAGCCGACGUCGUCAGGAUUCUCAAGGACGACCACCCUGAGUACAUCCCAGACUUGGUGCUCCUCUGCAUGCCGCGGCUGCUGGGCAACUGGGGUGCUUGCCCUAUGUUGCCCGACGGCCUCCCGAUCUUCAAGUCGACCGACGUGAAGGCGAUUGCAGGCUUGCUGAAUCCGCUGCCAGCCGACGACGACACUUCCCAGCCGAAGCCCGUAGCACCGAACCCGAUGAAGAGGGCCAAGAAGACCGUCGACCCCCGCCAGCAGCGCAAGAGAAGGAAGGUGUCGGCGUCGGUGGAGGUUCUUGGCCAAGACGAACGCUGCGAAGAACAGAUCGUGGAGCAGGGCGAGAAGGAGGCGAUGGCGGCUGCCAGGGCCAAGUCGUUCUUGAGUUACCUGACCGAGGUGUGCAAGCCCCUGGCGAGAAUCGACGAAACGCAGCUUCAUCUCGUCGGCGGCUUCAAGGCCAUCGCACUGCAUGGCGCGCUUUUUGGCAGCGUGAAGCUGCGGGUGAAGGGAGGCAACUACAAGACGGUCAAGGGCCCCGAGGGCUUGCAUGCUGCUUUCAUCACGCACAUGACCAAGCGUGCCCUCGCCCCUCGCUACUCCGACCCGAUGACCGACAGCUGUGCCGAGGAAGCCGCUGAUGUUGAUGGAGGUUUUGUCAUGACCGAAGAGGACGUGGCCCUCGGAAUCGACGAGAACAAGCAGACCGUCGAGCAGAUAGUCAACCACCUGUUCACGGACGCGUGCAUCACCAAGCCGAUGGCUGCCAACCUCUCAGCGGCGAGCGCUUUGAACCAAGUGAUGAUGGCGAGCUUUAAGAUCCAGGCUGAUCAGGGUGGCAGCUUUGCAGCUGGCGGUGAUGACGUGCAGCUCAAAUUCUUCGACAUCGUUAUCGAGUCCGUGCUCGACAAGUACCCCGACUCCUGGGACGCGGUUGCAACGUGCAUCGCCAAGGCGAAGCCUCAGUUCUCGGCCUGCCUCAAGGAGACGGCGACUACUUCUCGAGCAACUCGCAUGCGUGGCACUUGA